UCUCCUCUCUCUCUCUCUCUCUCUCUCUCCUCUUUUCUCUCUCUACCAAAAAGCAAAUCCAAUUAUUUUCUCGAUUCCAUCUUUCUUUUACAGUCCCCAUGCAUCAAUAAGGUGAUACACACACACACACACAGUUUCAAUGGAGAAGAUUCUCCUUCGCCCCUUUUACUUCUUUCUACUCAUGGCCGCCUCCGCCGCCGCCGCCGCCGGCGGCGGCGGCGGGGGCACGGAUCCUAUAUCCUAUGCACUCUUGAGCUUAAAAUUCGAAUUUGUAGACGGUUCCAAUAGUUUAAAUGACUGGGUAAUUUCUUCGGCUUCUGGAGCUGAUCGGCCGGCUGGCGAAAUCCGCGCGUGUUCUUGGACCGGGAUUCGGUGCGGUGACAAUUCCUCCAAAUUCGUCGGUUUAGACCUGUCGAUGAAGAAUCUCGGCGGCUCGUUAUCUGGGAAGCAGUUCGGUUUGUUUUCCGAUCUCGUCGAUCUUAAUCUGAGUCAUAACUCGUUUUCCGGCCAACUUCCCGCCGGUGUUUUCAACCUCACUAACCUGGAAUCGUUGGACAUCAGUAGGAACAAUUUCUCCGGGGGUUUUCCGAGUGGGAUUCCACGGCUCCGGAGUUUGGUCGUUCUCGACGCGUUCAGCAACAGCUUCGCCGGCAACCUACCGGCCGACGUCUCUCGGGUGGAUUCUCUCAAAGUGCUGAAUUUCGCCGGAAGCUACUUCAGCGGUCCAAUCCCGCCGGAGUACGGCUCGUUCAAAUCGCUCGAGUUCAUCCACCUCGCCGGGAAUUUUCUCGGCGGCGCAAUACCGCCGGAGCUGGGGAAUCUGAGAUUUCUCUCCCACAUGGAGAUCGGCUACAACUCCUACCAGGGCGAUAUCCCGUGGCAAUUUGGUAAUAUGAGCAAUCUCCAGUACCUCGAUAUCGCCGACGCAAAUAUCUCCGGCCAAAUCCCUAAACAGCUCAGCAACCUGACGAAACUCGAAUCGCUCUUCCUCUUCAAGAACCAACUCACCGGAAAACUCCCGCCGGAGCUCAGCAAAAUCUCCACCCUCAAAAGCUUAGAUCUCUCCGACAACCUCAUCUCCGGCGAAAUCCCGGAAAGUUUCUCGGAGCUAACAAAUUUAACACUACUGAGUUUGAUGUACAAUGAAUUAUCCGGCCCCGUUCCUCAAGCCAUAGCCAACCUCCCAAAUCUCGAUACUCUCCUUAUAUGGAACAAUUACUUCACCGGUUCACUCCCACAGAAUUUAGGCAGAAACUCUAAACUCCAACACGUCGACGUUUCGACAAAUUUUUUCUCCGGUAAUAUCCCACCGGAGAUAUGCUCCGGUGGGGGCUUACUCAAAUUAAUCCUGUUCUCGAACAAUUUCACCGGUGGGCUUUCUCCCUCCCUCUCCAAUUGUUCGUCGCUCAUUCGCCUCCGCAUCGAGGAUAAUUCAUUUUCCGGCGAGAUUUCUAUGCGAUUUUCGAAUCUCCCAUUUAUUUCGUAUGUGGAUCUUUCGAGAAAUAAGUUCACCGGAGGAAUCCCCUCCGAUAUUGCUCAAGCCUCGUUUCUAGAGUACUUCAACGUGUCCGAUAAUCAAGAACUCGGAGGUGAAAUACCGUUGAAGACAUGGUCUCUGCCUAAUCUUCGCAACUUUUCGAUGGAAUCUUGCGGCAUAUCGGGGAAUAUUCCUCCUUUUGAGCCCUGCCAAUCGGUUUUGGUUCUUGAAUUGAGAACCAAUAACUUAACCGGAGGAAUCCCGUUAACCGUGUCUAAUUGUAAGCAGCUCUUGAAAAUGGACUUGGCUGAAAACAACUUGAAUGGCUCGAUACCCGUGGAGCUGGCUACCCUGCCCGUACUUACCGAAUUAGACAUUUCACACAAUGGCUUCUUCGGUCCGAUUGAGGGCGUUUUUGGAAAUUCACCGAGCUUGAAACUCCUCAAUGUGUCAUACAACGAUAUCUCAGGCUCGAUUCCUUCGAGCAAGACUUUCGAAAAAAUGGAUAUAACCGCGUUUUUAGGUAACCCGAUGCUGUGUGGGCCCCCUCUAAGGCCUUGCAAAAACGGGAUUUCGAGUGAAUUGGAAAUAGGAAGCCGAAGAGCACAGAAGCUAGCUUGGAUUCUCGUACUAUGUGCUGUCACGAUUCUAUUCGUAACAGGUUCGGUUUUCGUAAUACUUCACAUGAGAAGAAGAAGCAACAAAGGCCAAUGGAAAAUGGUUUCCUUUAGUGGGCUUCCUCAGUUUACAGCUAAGGAUGUGUUGAGGAGCUUUAAUUAUACAGAACAAGACUCGUUCGGUAAAGUGGUUUUACCGACAGGAAUCACUGUUUCGAUCAAGAAAAUCGAGUGGGGCUCGAACGAAACGGAAAUUAGGCUGCAAAAUUUUAUGAGGAUUGGAAAUGUGAGGCACGAGAAUUUGACGAGAUUGUUGGGAGUUUGCUAUAACAACCGUUUUGCGUAUUUGUUGUACGAAUAUUUGCCCAACGGGAGUUUAGCGGAGACGAUCACGAUUAGGAGAGAGUGGGGGAGUAACUGUAGAAUAGUAAUUGGAGUUGCUAAGGCACUUUGCUUUCUUCACCAUGGCUGUUACCCAGCUAUCCCACAUGGAAAUCUCGAGGCUAAAAACGUACUUUUCGAUGAAAAAACGGAGCCCCGUUUGGCUGAAUACGGGCUCCAUUCAAUUGCGGAACCGAGUCAAAGCCCACUACUAGUAAAGAGUACAAAGGAGAGAGGUGGAUUUGGAGCACCAUUGAUAAAGGAUGAGCUGUGCAUGGAUGUAUACAAUUUUGGUGAACUCGUACUCGAGAUUUUAUCAAACGGUAGAGUGGCGAGUGCAUCGGAGAUUAUGGAGAAAAAUAAACGAGAUAGUUUCGUAAGAGAAGUUGCUGAUAAUUCGUCCAAAGAGGAGGUGAAUUCGGUUAUUGAAGUUGUUCUGCUCUGCACGAGAAGUAGGCCGUUCGAGAGACCUUCGAUGCAAGAGGUGUUAAAGCUGUUAUCGGGGCUUAAAUCGGUGAAGAAUGGCAAUGCUUGUAAAGCAUGAAUUAGGUGUGAGUUUCAAAUUUCAUCAAAUUUGUAGAAUUUUUUAUUAUUUUUCUAAAUUUUAAUUUUUUUUUUUUUUUUGUGUGUGUGUGUUUUGAUUGAUGAAUGUAUCAGAAACAAUUUGCUGUGAAUUAGAAUGUGUAUAUAUUUAUUACUUAUUAUAAGGUGUUUCUAAGUGUAAAAUCAUAGUGUUGAGGUUACUUUGUUGUUCUACUGUGCAGUUCAAGUUGCUAUUGCAUUAUUUGGUACUCAGGGAAAUUUGUACCGUUUAGUGAACCGAACUAUUCCGAUUGGUGUGUUUUUUUAUCGAAUUAAUUUGCCCA